GGUACCCUGCAGCCGAGCGACUCGGCGAAGGAAGAGGAAGAAGCUGCGGGGUGAACCGGGGCUGGAGUCCAUUUUAUUUACACCGGUGAAGCUGCUACAUUUUCAUCUGUCGGGGUUUUCUGGAGCUCACAAGUUAAAAGUCGGUUUCCAGACAUGAGCAGUUCAGAGGAAGUGUCAUGGAUCUCCUGGUUCUGUGGACUGAGGGGGAAUGAAUUUUUCUGUGAGGUGGAUGAGGACUACAUCCAGGACAAGUUCAACCUGACAGGGCUCAAUGAGCAGGUUCCUCACUAUCGCCAGGCCCUGGACAUGAUCCUGGACCUCGAACCAGACGAGGAGCUGGAGGACAAUCCCAACCAGAGUGACCUGAUCGAGCAGGCAGCAGAGAUGCUGUAUGGCCUCAUCCACGCACGCUACAUCCUCACAAACCGAGGCAUCGCACAGAUGUUGGAGAAGUAUCAGCAGGGAGACUUUGGCUAUUGCCCUCGUGUUUACUGUGAGAAUCAGCCCAUGCUUCCUAUUGGUCUGUCGGAUAUCCCAGGUGAGGCCAUGGUGAAGCUGUACUGCCCUAAAUGCAUGGAUGUCUACACACCUAAAUCCUCCAGGCACCACCACACAGAUGGAGCUUAUUUUGGCACCGGCUUCCCCCACAUGCUCUUCAUGGUUCACCCUGAGUACAGGCCGAAGAGGCCCGCCAACCAGUUUGUCCCCAGGCUCUACGGCUUCAAGAUCCACCCCAUGGCCUAUCAGCUGCAGCUGCAAGCCGCCUCCAGUUUUAAGAGCCCCGUCAAGGCCAUCCGCUAGAGUGUCAACGACAGAGGAGGAGGAGGAGGAGGAGGAGGAGGAAGAGGAGGAAACUUCACAGAGGAAGAGGGAGAUGACAGCAAAGAAUAAUCGUCCGAAGAGCAGGGGGGGCACCUGUAUUUUAGAGCUCUUCAGAUGGCCCCUCCCCACCCUGAAGACUGUAUUAUUUUGGUUUAGAUUAGGGCAAAUGAAAACAAAGUGUAAAGAUUUUUUUGAGUGUGAGCGAGACAUAAACAACGCACAGCUACGAUCAUAAUCACAAAUACACACAUCCACAUACACGAACAUGUAAGAAAAGAAAUACAACCACACACCUGGGAUUCCAUACACGUACCUUUCCAAACUCAGCAGUGCCAAAACAGGAGGUGAAGUAAGAUGAAGCUGAACAGUUCAGGGGCUCCAUGUCGCUGCACCCCCAUCACUCACUCUACAGCACACUGAGGAGAAAACGAUAGAAUUGAUCAGUGGGUGGCUCUGCAGGGAACUUCUCCCUGUUGAAGAGGUUUUUGUGUUCUGGGCUUUUUGACAGAAAGCUGCAAAAGUGCAAUGGCUGAGUCGGUUUUCACCUCUGACUCUGUUUUGUGUUUUUUUUCUGUAUUUGGCACAGUUUGGUAAAGGGUGGUGGUAGUGGUAAACCCUCUGUCAUUCAAAGCCUCCUCCCCAGUAGUCCCCCGAUGCAUGUACACUCAGGCGGGCUCUCCCACAGACAGUUUGGAUCGUGCUACCGGGUGUUUUUCUCUCAGAAGGUCGUUUGUGAAAUUUGAUUUGUCUGAUGUUUUGUGGUGUUGGUGCACAAAACAUUGUUAAAUUUGCCUUAAGGUGCAGAGAAAACACCCGGAUUGUUUUAGCUUUACCAGAGGCACAAGCAAGUUUUUAAUCUGCUCUGCUGUCAGAGGAGUUGAAGUAGAUUUAGCAAAUAUGAUUUUCUGAAUAGUAAUAAUCAUUUCUCCAGCUGUCUUUACGCGUGUCAAACAACUGUCUGUAUCGUUACCGAAGUGUGAAUAUAACCUGCGGUGAAGUUGUUUUUCGAGAAUUGCCGGUGUUUGCAUCGUUCCCCUCCCUCC